AUGUGUUUAAAUUGUUGCGCUCCAUUGCUUUUGGGGUCAUUGCUGUGGGCCAUCAUACCUCUGGAGGCCUUACCGUCACCUGACGAAGUAAACUCAUUGGAUGCCAGAAAUAGAAUAACCAAUGCCACCGCUGCCAAUGUCACCUUAGAAGAGACCAUUUUCAAAUUACCCAGUGAUAUUGAUGAGGAUGAGUUGCUGUAUGAGAUGGGCCUCUUCAUGUUGGGCAUUAUGAAUUUGCAAGUGAAUCCCUGUGAAGAUUUCUAUGAAUUUGCCUGUGGCAACUGGAAAAAUUCACAAAGAGUUCCCUCAGUGGGACGCAAAGAUUCUUUCCUGCAUGUCAUACAGAAAGAGAUCAAUGAUUUAAUGGUGGGCUUUCUGAAAAAUUCCACCAAAGACUCUAAAACUGCCGAAGGUAAGGCGAAAUUGUUUUACAGCUCUUGCCUGGUAAGUGGAAAAGAUUUCUCUGCUUCGCUAAAAACUCUGCUCGACAAUGAGGAGGAAGUUUUCUCUAAACUGAAUUUGACCGGCAAAAAUGAUUGGCUGGUAGUGAACUUUAUGUCACCCUACAACAUCUAUCCUUUGCUGCCCAUGAGCAUAAACUACAGCACUUAUAGCCGGCAAUUUGAGAUUGCCAUAAAUCUACCCAACUCUGUAUUGGAGUCUUAUCGAAAUUCCUCCCAAACUGAGGAAUUUUUGAAAAGCUUUGGUGAUUUGGCUUCUGAGUUCAAUACCAUGUUGGAGUUUGAGCGUAAUUUAACCUCCAAAACUCAAAGACUAAAUAAAACCGAGAGAGUGACCUUAGAGGAGUUCCUGGAGCUACACCAAGGAGAUGUCAUCGAUUGGCCUCAGUUGUUCAAUGAAGCUUUUGGUGAGAACACCCAACCCGAAUGGUAUGUCAAUAAUCGCAUAGCCAAUUUCACUAACCUCGAGAAGUUUCUACGCAAAUCCCCCAUCGACACUCUGAGAAACUAUGUCAAAUGGAGAACUCUUCUGAAGUUUUACAACAUCUGGGAUAUGGAAGUGCAAAAUGAUGAUAAAAGGGAGCAGAUUUGCCGCCAACACACAGAAUCCUACUUCACUUAUGCUUUGUUGCCCUGGUUCAUAGACAAUCUCUAUGAUGCCGAAAGACGAGAAGAUUCUCUUAAAGUGGCCCAAUCUGUCCUGGAUGCUUUUCUCAAUAUAACCGAUCGUUACCCAUGGCUGGAUGAGGACACCAAAUCGCACAUCAGUUCCAAGCUACAAGCCAUGGAUAUAAUGGUGGGCUAUAGAGAUGAUAUGCGUCAUCGCGAUUUAACUGAUCAAAUUUACAGCGAUGUUAAUAUGACCACAGAUUGGUUUAACAACCUCAUGAUAUUGGAGGCCAAUCAUGCCCGCUUGAGAUUGCAUUCGGUUCAUAGAACUGUACUGCCUCCUUUGCUCUCACCUUUCAGUGUGAAUGCCUAUUACGCCGAUUACAUUAACACCGCCUUUGUGACCAUGGGCAUAUCACAAAUGCCUUUGUAUCACAAUCGUCUACCAGCCUCCCUGAAAUUUGGAGGUUUGGGUAUGUUAAUAGGCCAUGAGUUGGCCCACUCCCUGGACUCGAAUAAUUAUAACAUGAACUACGAAGGUAAAAACUAUGAAUGGCAAUCUGCAUCGCAAAGACAUUUUUUCGAGAGGAUUCGUUGUCUGGAGAAUCAAUACAACAAGUUUAUAUAUCGUGGCAUACAGACCAAUGGCUCUCUUACCAUGCCCGAUAAUAUUGCUGAUAAUGCGGGGGCACGUCUGGCUCAUCAUUCCUACCGCCAUUGCUAUGGUCAUCUUGAAGGCGAGCGAAAACCUUUGCCUGGUGUGAAUUUUACCAAUAAUGAAUUGUUUUUCAUCAAAAUGGCUCAAACUUGGUGCACGGGUCGAGAUGACUCAUACAAGGUGCAUCACAUUCGUUCAGAUGCCCAUGCCUAUGCUGAGUUUAGAGUUCUGGGGCCUUUGCGCAAUAUGCCGGAAUUUUCAGAGACCUUCAAAUGCAGACUGGGCACACAAAUGAAUCCCCUAAAGAAAUGUGUGGUAUGGUAA